CUCUCCGUGGAGCGAUGCCGGUGACAGCUUCGCGCAGGACAGAGUGAGCCGCGGCCACGGGACAAGAUGCAGGCGGACGACAUGGAGGUACCUAUCAUUAAUAACCUUAACGAGAACGGCGACAGGCACAAGGCCAGAGCCAAAGAUGUGUUCAAGGACCCGCAGAAGGAGUCGGAGAGCUCCAUGGAGUCUCCCAACCUGGAGUUUGAGUAUGGAGACACGGACACACUCACCGCUGAACUGUCAGAGCUGUACAGUUAUACAGAAGAGCCGGAGUUUGCCCUGAACAGAGAUUACUUUGAAGAGGACUUUAAGAAUCAUGCCAAAGCACGGCGUUGGACAGAGCUGUGUGUGGAGGAGCAGAGGGCGUAUGUGAUGAGGCUGCUGGACGCUUUGGAGGUCACAGAUCGCGACAAGAGGCUGAAGGUCGCCCGGGCCAUCCUCUACCUCGCCCAGGGGGUGUUUGAUGAGUGUGACACAGAGGUGGACGUGUUGCACUGGUCCAGACACAAUGUUUUUCUUCUCUACGACAUGGGCAUCUUCACAGCUCUGUUAGAACUGCUCAGCAUGGAGAUGGAUAACAGUCAGGCGUGCAGCAGCGCAGUGAGGAAACCAGCCAUCUCCCUCGCAGACAGCACAGAGCUCAGGGUGUUGUUGAGCAUCAUGUACCUGAUGGUGGAGACGAUUAGAGUUCAGACUGAAGACGACAGACCAGAGUGGAAAACAGCCAGAGAGUCCUUCAAAAAUGAGCUAGGUUCCCCUCUGUACAACGGUGAACCCUUUGCCCUCCUCCUCUUCACGAUGGUCACCAAAUUCUGCAGCAUGAACGCUCCACACUUCCCCAUGAAGAAAGUCCUACUGCUCCUCUGGAAAACUAUUCUGUUCACGCUGGGUGGUUUUGAGGAGCUACAGGAGAUGAAGGUUCGUGGCCGUGAGCGUCUGAACCUGCCUCCGUUGCCUGAGGACAGUAUUAAAGUGGUGAGAGCGAUGAGAGCCGCCUCGCCACCCGCCUCUGCGAUGGAGCUGAUCGAGCAGCAGCAGCAGCAGAAGAGAGGCCGGCGAAGUCGAAGGCCGCUGGUCAAACAGGACAGCUUGGACACCUACAACGAGCGGGACCCCUUUAAAAAUGAUGACGCCCGUGAUGAAGAAGAGGACCCCGAGGACACAGACAGUGGGAUAGAGGGAGAGGUGGACCCUUUGGAGAGAGACGUGAUCAUCCAGCCCCCUCCUCCCCCUCCUCCGCUCAGACCUCCCACAGACAGAAUCAACUUCCCCAAAGGACUGCCCUGGGCCCCCAAAGUCAGGGAGAAAGACAUCGAGCAUUUUCUAGAGACAAGCAGAAACAAGUUCAUUGGGUUUACUCUUGGAAAUGACACAGAGACCCUUGUGGGCCUUCCCAGACCGAUCCAUGAGAGUGUGAAGACUCUGAAACAGCACAAAUACAUUUCCAUCUCUGAGGUUCAAAUAAAGAGGGAGGAGGAACUUCAACAAUGUCCAAUGACUAUGGGUGAAGAGGACAUAGAGGAAACGCCAGCAGAGAUUCUAUAUUUGGGCAUGCUUCCUAACCUCUCCCAAUAUGUGAUUGCUCUCCUGAAGCUGCUGCUGGCCGCUGCUCCGACCUCCAAAGCCAAAACUGACUCCAUCAACAUCCUGGCCGACGUGCUGCCCGAGGAGAUGCCCAUCACCGUCCUUCAGAGCAUGAAGCUGGGGAUUGACGUGAACAGACACAAAGAAAUCAUCGUGAAGGCCAUCUCUGCUCUGCUGCUGCUGCUGCUCAAACACUUUAAACUCAACCACAUCUACCAGUUUGAGAUCGUCUCCCAGCACCUGGUGUUUGCCAACUGCAUCCCCCUCAUCCUCAAGUUCUUCAACCAGAACAUCAUGUCCUACAUCAGUGCCAAAAACAGUAUCUGUGUACUGGACUUCCCUCACUGUGUGGUGCAUGAGAUGCCUGAGCUCACAGCCGAGAGCCUGGAAGCAGGAGACACCAAUCAGUUUUGUUGGAGGAAUUUGUUUUCAUGUAUAAAUCUGUUGAGAAUAUUGAACAAACUGACCAAGUGGAAGCACUCCAGGACCAUGAUGCUUGUAGUUUUUAAAUCAGCCCCGAUCCUGAAGCGAGCUCUGAAGGUGAAGCAGGCCAUGAUGCAGCUGUACGUGCUGAAGCUGCUGAAGAUCCAGACCAAGUACCUGGGACGACAGUGGAGGAAAAGCAACAUGAAAACUAUGUCUGCUAUUUACCAGAAAGUCCGACACAGACUCAACGACGACUGGGCCUAUGGGAACGAUAUCGAUGCUCGACCUUGGGACUUCCAGGCGGAGGAGUGCGCUUUGAGAGAGAGCAUCGAAAAGUUCAACACCCGACGCUAUGACAGGAACAAAAACUGGGACUUUACCCCCGUGGACAACUGUCUCCAGAGCGUCUUGGGUCAGAGGGUGGAGCUGCCCGAAGAUUUCCACUACAGCUACGAGAUGUGGCUGGAGAGAGAGGUUUUCUCCCAGCCAAUCCAGUGGGAGGGGCUGCUGCAGAAUCCAUAGGAGGAAGAGAUAAGGGGGAGAAGGGUAAGGUCAAACAGGGCAGAGAAUGAUGUUGAAAUGCCUUGAAGACCUGUCGUGUGGUGUCCAAGUAAAUCAGAAAAUAUAAGGAUCAGCUGAAGAUGUUGUGCUGGAAAUGUGUACUACAGUGCCAGUUGAAACAUUUGGUCAAGGUCCCAUAUUACGCUAUUUUACUGACAUUCAAGGUAACAGCUACCUUUUAUUUUUUGUUCAGUAGAGAUUUGCAGUACCAGGGCUGAAAUCCAAAUGAUUCUAGUCAAGGUGUAUGGAGUUUAAAAACACACGGAGCAUUUCCUGUAUUAGUGUUUUCUGUUUGAGAGGAACUCAGCCUAAAUAUGCAGGAUUUGUGUGUUAAAACAUCAAUUCAUCCAUUUUCUUCUGCUUAUCCGGAGCUGGGUCGCAGGGGCAGCAGUCUAAGCAGGGACUCCCAGACUUCCUUCAUCCCAGACACUUCCUCCAGCUCCUCCGGGGGGACCCCAAGGCUUUCCCAGGCCAGGCGAGAGACAUAGGGCCAAUCCCAUUUCUUAUUUCUACUCGUACCACUUGCCCCUUGAAACUAAGCAACAAGGGGUAGGGGUCACAUACAAUCACAUACGUCAUCAGUCGUCUCCGUCAGUUUUUACGUAAGAAGAUGCGACAAGCUUUUACCAGAAACAUGCCGUCUACCGUCUUGCUGGUGAUUUGCAAGAAAUUCUGUGAAAUUGCUCAUACCCCGCCAUUUGGAGUGUGCCUCUGAAAAAUCUUUGUUUGGAGGGGUGUAUAUCCCUACCACUUUCCCCUACCCCUCUGCCAUAAUGGUAACUGGGACACCCCUACCCCUACACGUGAACGCGCAAAACGGAGAGGUAGAGGAAAGUGGUGUGGCUAAGGGGUGUAAUGAGAUUCAGCCAUAGUCCCUUCAGCGUGUCCUGGGUCAUCCACCGGGCCUCCUCCCGGUGGGGCAUCCGGAACAGAUGUCCGAGCAAUCUCACCUGGCUCCUCUUGACGUGAAGGAGCAGCAGCUGUACUCCAAGCUCCCCCUGUGUGACUGAGCUUUUCACCCUAUCUCUAAGGUAGCGCCCAGCCACCCUGCAGAGGAGACUCAUUUUGGCCGCUUUUAUCCGCAAUCUUGCUCUUUCGGUCAUUACCCAGAGCUCAUGACCAUAGGUGAGGGGAGGAACGUAGAUUGACCAAUAAAUCGAGAGCUUCGCCUUUCGACUCAACUCCCUCUUCACCACAACGGUCCGAUACGGCGACCACAUCACUGCUGACGCUGCACCGAUCCGCCUGUCAAUCUCAUGCUCCAUCCUCCCCUCACUCGUGAACAAGACCCCGAGAUACUUGAACUCCUCCACUCCACACACUCACUUAACACACCGCCUCAAGUGUGUUAAGCAUGCGUAAAUGAAAUAAAACACAACUCCAGGUACUCCAACAUUAUUACGUAGAUCAGAAAAUAUUAGUCUGUCUUCAUCUCCAAACCUGAAAAUGCUCUGAUCCACCUUGUGAUGUCAUGAAGCAGAAGGUGAAGGUGUAAGGAGUUUCAAACAAAGACACAGUGGAGCAAUUUUCUGUUUGAUAGAAGAAUUCAGCCUAAAUAUGCAGGUUUGAAUGAAAUAAAAACACAACUCCAGGUAUGUUUUUGAUGAGGAAACAACAUUAUAACAUAAAAAAUAGCGUAAUACGGGGCCUUGACUUUCAGAAACUUGCUACUUCUUUCCCCCUAUGGAUUCAGAACCCAAAAUGUCCGAUCAAAACGAAUGGCGCUUCCUACUUUGAAGAUGCACAAGAAGAUACAGACUUUUGCUGCGCAGUGCCUAUGAUACUGUGAAUGAAACUGCACACUGGAUGUAACAGAGAAAAGCAGAGGUAGCAGACAACACCACACCACAAAGCAGAAGACCUAUUCUACUGCCCCAGCUUCAGUUCAAUAUCAGACACUACUUUUGAUGGUGCCGGUAUGACUCCUUAAAGACUUUAUUUUAUUUUCAGUUCAUUUUCAGAUGAAUUAUUUUUAAAGAGUUUGACGAUGUUCUAUCAUUUUGGAAGUUUUAUACGAUGUUGAGGUAUGUAUUGGCUUGUAUUUUUACUGUUCAAUUUGAAUGUUUUCAGAUGCUUUUUCUUAAGGGGGUUGAGUCCUACCACAGGGUCAGAAAUAGAAGUUAUUUAUAAAUGAAAAUAUGUGUAACCAAAAGAGGAACAGUUAUGUAUGGUCUGCUUGUAUGUAGAAAUGUAUUCCAUAUAUAUAUAUAAACAAGGGUAUUUAAAGAUGUAAUAUGCAUACAUUUAAGGGAAAUUACUUUUAUAAUUUAAAAGAAAUUAACUAUUUUUAGCCCCUGGUUUAUUCAUUGGUUUCAGGCAAAUUAUUCUGACCUGAUUUGAAGGAUUUUGUGAAGGUUUUCCCAGUUAAAAAGAUUUGAUUGCGUUAUUGCUAUAACAGCAGACGAUUGUUGUCAUGGUGAAUCCUUAUGCCUGAAAUCUAUGAAUAGUUUUUUAACUACUUUUAAAAGUUUUAAAGCAGACCUAUUAUGCAAAAUUGACUUUUCAGAGCUUUAAACCAUGAUCGUGUUGGUUCCUAUGGAAGAUAAUUUCUCACUUCG